AUGGAGUCAGACGACACAUGCGAACGUGCCAAGGGCGUCGUUGUUGAAGGAUUCGACAGGAACCAGAAGACGAGGCUACAAAGCAAGAAGCGCGGCGGAGUGGGUGUGAAGUCCGAUGAAGAGAAAUGGAAGGAUAUCUUUCGGAUUCUCUUCCCGGACUCCACCGAAGUUCCCGGCCCAUGUGUGUACUGCAAAGAAACGAGGGACCUGCUGCAGUCAUUGACUUUUGAGCCAGAUUACAGCCUGUGCUUCGACGAAACGGCCAAAAACGGGUCCGUGACGCAGCCAGAGAAGAGCGAAACGAAGCGGAAACUCCCCGAAGACAUCCAGCCACAGCUCGAAAAGGAGACGCAUAUCAAGAUACGCAAGAUUGCCGGCGGCGACCUGAGCGAGACGAAGCAACGUGAGCUCGUGGCGGCUAUCGUCCAGGAAGUCUUGUUACCCAGAAUCCUCCGGCAGCCAGGGGACGAGGGAGAGCCACCGGGCUGUCCAGCAGUCGUUGUGGCUCCCGAGGACUUGAACGGCUCUGCUAGCACUUCCUCUGACGGCGAGAAGAGUCUCGGGUCGACUUCGACGGCCUCGCCAAGCUCUAUCAGCUCGCUUGCGGCACUGCAACCGUCAUACCAGGCGAAGUCGGAUAUUUCCGUGGCUCCGGGUGAGGAUGCCCCUGACAACGGUGGAAUGGCGGAUGUCCUGAAGUUGGUAUUGGGAACGGAGGACAACCUACAACCUUCGAACAAUUUGGUGGAUCCGAUCGACCCGGAGCUUCUGUGCCCGUACGAUCCGACCCUCGGCGGCUGGUCUACUGGGGGCGAGAACGGCCCUAUGGGAACAAGCGAGGAGUGGAUGGGCGGCUGGGCCGUUACUCAUCAACCGGUAGUCCCCUUCACGUGGGACGGCAGCUUUUGCCCCGAGGAGCAGCGCGACGAUGCAGCUCUCCUGGAAGGCACUUCGGACAAUGGACAUGUCUCAGGCGCGCCUGUGCCCGAUCUUUUGACGACGAACUUUGCAGAGGAAGGUUUCAGCUGGGCGGAUAUGGGAAUGUCGUCGUGGCCAUAG